UCAUUACAUAUAUGGUGAGAUCGAACAAAAUCAAGCUCACUGCGGCUGCCUCGUGCAUCGUGCGGCAUCGUCAGUGAUUUGGCAGUUGGUUGGGUCUAAGUCCAUAGAGCGAGGGAGAUUUAGCUGUGGAAAUCGCUGUAGGAAGAGACUAAGUCGAGGGCUACGAAAAUCCGAUGGAGGAACAACCGGUGUCGUCCGAAACAUCGAGCGAUGCUCCUUCUUUGAGGUUCAAUGUUAACCAAGUUAAGUUAGAUCUUCCUGAAGAAAUCGCGGACGAAGGAAGAGAUCCGAGCCCAAGGAUGACUUUUCCUGAUUCGGAGACGCCAGACCGACCUCUCUCUUCUCUUGAUGACGCCAAUACAAUCGGCUACGCGACUCACGAUGCUGUUCCUAUGACUGUGUUCUAUCGAAAUGACAACUCGCAAUCGAAUACAGCGAAGAAGUCGCGGCCAACACUGAAAGAAUUGAGGAAAGGUUUCGAGGAAGACCACGAGCAACAGGACGAACCUCAAGGUGUGGAUGAUGUUGAAAAUGGGGAUGUUGGUAAUAACGAAAUAGCCAUCCAAAUCAAGAAAGACCAAAAGGUGAAGGUUGCCCCCAAGUUUGGAUGGCUGAAAGGUGUCAUGUUACGAUGUCUUCUCAACAUCUGGGGUGUUAUGUUAUACUUGCGACUCUCAUGGGUGGCAGGUCAGGCUGGAAUCGCUUGGUCAACUGUCAUCAUUGUGUUAUCUGCCAUAGUGACAAUGUUAACCACCUUAUCCAUGUCGGCUGUGUGCACCAAUGGUGAAGUGAAAGGAGGUGGUGCAUACUACUUGAUAUCACGCAGUCUUGGCCCAGAGUUUGGUGGCUCCAUAGGAUUGAUCUUCUCUGUGGCAAAUGCUGUAGCUGUUGCUUUGUAUGUUGUUGGUUUUGCUGAAACCAUUAAGGAUAUAAUUAAAGAGAAUGGUGGCGAUGUGGAGUUGAUUGGGGAACUGAACAUCAUUCGUAUUGUUGGCAUUGGCACAGUUAUUCUGCUUCUGUGUGUCACUCUUGUCGGCUUAGAGUGGGUUGUGCGCACUCAGAUGUUUCUCCUUUGCAUCCUUCUUGUCUCAAUUGUUGAUGUCAUAAUUGGCGUUUCCAUUGGGCCACAAAAUGAAACAUCUCGUGCAAAAGGAUUUGUUGGAUUGGACUUAAACCUGUUUAAGACAAACUUUGGGCCGGCAUACCGUGAGGGUGAAAACUUCUUCUCUGUGUUUGCUGUGUUUUUCCCAGCAGCUACUGGUAUCUUAGCUGGAGUUAACAUCUCUGGUGAUCUCAAAGAUGCGCAGAAAGCUAUCCCCAAGGGAACGUUGUGGGCUAUAUUGAUCAGCACAAUUAUUUAUGUCCUUCUUGACUGGUUGGCUGCGGCAUGUGUGUUACGAGAUGCAUCGGGCGUGGUGCUAGCAGUUGUAAACCAGACAUUGAAUGCUACAGAUGCUCCUGGUCAGCAUUGUUCAGCUGACUUCAGCUGUCCUUAUGGAUUAAUGAAUGAUUUCCAGGUGAUGGAAAAGAUUUCAGCUUGGGGACCAAUAGUUACUGGGGGCAUCUUUGCAGCAACUCUUUCUUCAGCACUGGCCAGCUUAGUUGGUGCACCAAAAACAUUCCAAGCUCUUUGUAAGGACAACAUCUUCCCUGGGAUCCAUUACUUUGGUGUAGGGGUUGGGCCUGGAGAUGAGCCUCGUAGAGGAUAUAUCUUCACAUUCCUUAUUGCCGGUGCCUUUAUUGCAAUUGGAGAAUUGAAUGUCAUUGCUCCAGUUAUCUCCAACUUCUUUCUCAUGUCCUAUGCACUAAUCAAUUAUGCAGUGUUUGCAGCAUCGCUUGGCAAGUCCCCCGGGUGGAGACCAUCUUUUAAGUACUAUAACAUGUGGGUGUCCUUGGUAGGGGCUAUGGUGUGUAUAGUGAUCAUGUUCCUCAUCAAUUGGUGGGCCGCUCUGGUGACCAUUGUUAUCAUUAUUGCCUUGUACAAAUAUGUGGAUUACAAAAAACCCGAGGUCAACUGGGGUUCGUCUGCGCAGGCGUAUACUUACACCCGGGCACUACGUUUCACUUACCGUCUCAACACUGUUGAAGAUCACGUGAAGAACUUUCGUCCCCAGUGCCUGGUUUUGACUGGUUCUCCCUCGUCCCGUCCAGAUCUGGUUCACCUGGUGUCGCAUAUCACACGUAACAGAGGCUUAAUGGUUUGUGGUCAAGUUAAACUCGGCCCGUUUGGUUCUGUCUCCGGUUACGAAGAUGCGUGGUUGAAACAGUCCAAAAUAAGAGCAUUCCAUACCAUAUGUACAGCACCCAGUUUCCGAGAAGGCGUCCGCGUCAUGUUACAAACUGUAGGCCUGGGAAAGAUGAAACCCAACACGGUGAUCCUCGGUUUCAAGCGAGACUGGAAAAAACUAUGCAAAACAGAGCAGGGAAGGGAAGAGGUGAAAGAAUACGUCAAUGUCGUGCACGAUGCUUUUGAGCUGAACUUCGCCGUAUCGAUCCUACGUUUCAGAGGCGAGCUCGACUUGAAAGAGUUGGCUACCCACGCGGAGGAAGAUUGGCUUGCUGAAGAAGAAGUAGGAGACAUUCUACCUGAACUGCAUGUAAGUGACACGCUCGAAGCACCUGCUGAAAAGCCCAGCUCGCCAGAGAAGGAAGAUCCCGCCAAGAAAGCCGAAGAAGAGAGUUCAUAUGUCGUUAACAAAGGAAAGUUUAAAGUGACCGUUAGCAAAACGAUGAGCGAAGAAGAUAAUGAGCCGGAUGAUAAAGUCGACGAGACGACCAAACUGACUGACCCUGUGGAGCCAGCCAAACCGGAAGAAAUAACGCAGGAAGUUGCUUUUAAAGAGAAGCCUAAGGGGACCAUUGAUGUGUGGUGGCUCUUCGAUGAUGGUGGGUUGACAAUUCUUAUACCUUACCUGCUCUCAAUUCAUCGUUAUUGGAAAGACUGCAAGCUGAGGAUCUUCACGCCUGCCUCUACGCAUGCGCUCAAGAGCAACGAGCUCAGAAUGGCGACCUUGCUAAAGCGAUUUCGAAUCGACUUCACCAGCGUCGUGGAGGUAGAGGGUAUGAACGCGCAGCCUUCCACCUUGAGUAUCCAAAAUUUCAUGAAAUUACCUGUGAAGGAAGAAUUUCCAGACGUGACAGCUCUGGAGAAAGACCGUAAAACUAUGCGCAACAUUCGCCUCGGGGAAUUGAUCCGUUUGCACUCCAAAGACGCCAAAUUGAUUGUUCUCACUUUGCCGGUGCCUAAAAUAGAGAUGACGUCACCUCUCUUAUACAUGAGUUGGCUCGAAGUGUUGUCAGCGGCUUCACCCCCAGUGUUGAUGGUCCGAGGAAACCAACAGAAUGUGUUGACCUUUUACAGUUAGCUUAUGCCUUUAGUUUACAGUAGUAAGAUGUUUGUCUAAAAACUAGAAAGUUAGCUUCUAUGGGGGGAUGUACAUUAGACCCUCGUUAUUGUAAUUGCCCAAACGAAAGCGAACUACCUUUUGAAAUUUUUCCCAACUUCCUCAUUUUCUAUUUUGAAAAUGCAGCAAGACUCUUGUACGUUUUACAAUGAAGCGUCUUAUCGAGGCAAGGGAAAUGUGCACAACUUCUGAGUAGGAAUUCUCCAUCC